CUUAAAGGAGGGCGUGACCAGACUUUGCUUCCGCUCUUCAUAAGCCAACGCCAUGCGGCUGCAAGAUGACAUUGAACCUUGGAGAAGGACUGAAGUCGGAACGUAAAGGACUCAGUCGAGCUACGCACAGGAUAUCGAACAAUUGACUUGAAUGAGUGCGGACAUGAUCAGAUUUUCUUUGUGGCAUCGGAAGCAGAAAGGCAUCACGAUGAUCAUAAAAACAUUCAUCUUUUUACUUCUCCUUCAUGGAACUGACAGCCACCCAAAGGACAGACGUCCUGUACACGGCAUAGGGAGAGCACUCCUCCAGAUGACUAGCCAGUCCACAGGAAGCACUGUCAGCACCGUCACAGGCGUUAGCGGUGGCAGCACUGUCUCCGGCGUUAGCGGCGGCAGCACCCUCUCCGGCGUUAGCGGCGGCAGCACCCUCUCCGGCGUUAGCGGCGGGAGCACCCUCUCCGGCGUUAGCGGCGGGAGCACCCUCUCCAGCGUUAGCGGUGGCAGCACCGUCUCCGGCGUUAGCGGCGGGAGCACCCUCUCCAGCGGUAGCGUCGGCAGCACCCUCUCCAGCGUUAGCGGCGGAAGCACCGUCUCCAGCGUUAGCGGUGGCAGCACCCUCUCCGGCGUUAGCGGCGGCAGCACAGUCUCCGCCGUAAGCGGCGGGAGCACCCUCUCCAGCGUUAGCGGCGGCAGCACCGUGUCCAGCGUUAGCGGCGGCAGCACCUUCUCCAGUGUUAGCGGUGGCAGCACUGUCUCUGGCGUUAGUGGUGGCAGCACCCUCUCCAGCGGUAGCGUCGGCAGCACAGUCUCCGCCGUUAGCGGCGGGAGCACCCUCUCCAGCGUUAGCGGUGGCAGCACCGUGUCCAGCGUUAGCGGCGGCAGCACCCUCUCCAGUGUUAGCGGCGGCAGCACUGUCUCCGGCGUUAGUGGUGGCAGCACCCUCUCCAGCGGUAGCGUCGGCAGCACAGUCUCCGCCGUUAGCGGCGGGAGCACCCUCUCCAGCGUUAGCGGCGGCAGCACCGUCUCCGGCGUUAGUGGCGGGAGCACCCUCUCCAGCGGUAGCGUCGGCAGCACCCUCUCCAGCGUUAGCGGCGGAAGCACCGUCUCCGGCGUUAGCGGCGGCAGCACCCUCUCCGGCGUUAGCGGCGGGAGCACCCUCUCCAGCGUUAGCGGUGGCAGCACCGUCUCCGGCGUUAGCGGCGGGAGCACCCUCUCCAGCGGUAGCGUCGGCAGCACCCUCUCCAGCGUUAGCGGCGGAAGCACCGUCUCCAGCGUUAGCGGUGGCAGCACCCUCUCCGGCGUUAGCGGCGGCAGCACAGUCUCCGCCGUAAGCGGCGGGAGCACCCUCUCCGCCGUAAGCGGCGGGAGCACCCUCUCCAGCGUUAGCGGCGGCAGCACCGUUACAACCUCUGGCGGCGUAACCAGUGACGACACAGCCAGCACCCCAGACGUCCCAAUGACUGAAACGGUUCGAGAAGUUGCAACCCGAAGAUCAGCAGAGACGGCCUUGGCAGCAUCCACCACUGCCACAUCAGCAGCAACAUUAUUGGCCAGCUCAGCUGCGACAGCAACGGCCGCAGUUUCAGGGGUGUCCUCACAAGCAGAAGCAGCCGUGGAAGAAGCUUCAUCGGCUGCCGAGGAAGCUGCCGAGGAAGCAGCCGAUGCUGCGCUGGAGUUUUCUCAAGGCACAAUCGAUGCAACCGCAGCGGCGGCGGCGGCAGACAAUGCAGCGGCCGCUUCCGAAAUUGCCGCCAUGAGAGCACAAGAAGCUGCGGACGACGCGAGCGGGGAACUGGCCCCACUGGCGGCACAACUCUCGGCGGCGGCCCAAAACGCGGCAACGAUAGCGAGAUCGGCCGCGACGACGUCUGCCCUAGCGGCAAAUGUUACGGGUUCUGGAAUCACGCCGGAAAAUGCGGCAUCGAUCAUCCAAGACGCGAGAAAUGCCAACCGAGAGGCCGAGAUGGCAGCGCAAGAGCUACAAGAGUUGCUCAAUUCAACAGACCUCCCGCCAGAUGUCGAGGCCAGCGUAAGACAGGCCAUCGAGGCGGCCAGCAGCUCGGCUGCCUUGGCAGAACAAACGGCAGCGCAGGCUCAAGCUGCGCUCGACACAGCAGAGCGAGCCGCGGGGCCAACCGGAGGAGAUGCGGAAGCCGAGUUGGCUGGCGAAUUAGCCGUCCUACAGAUCCAGAGUGCCGCACAAAGCGCGGGGGCGGCGGCGGGAGAGGCUGCCCGAAGCCCAACAGCGGCUGUCCAAGCCUCAAGGGAAGCCUCCCUGGCGGCGGCGGCGGCGACCCUCGCCGCCUCUGCGGCAACUGUUACCGCGGCACGUACGGGAGCGGAUCUCGACGAUCUCAUCGACGCCGCCUUGGACAGCGCGGAUGAGGCAAACGCUGCGGCGUUGUCGGUGGCAAACGGAGAUGCGGACCCAGAGGAGGCUCGAGAGGCCGCGGCGAGAGCGGCCGAGGCGGCGGAAGCGGUGGCCGCGGCGGCGGAAGCGGCGUCGAUGUCAGGAAGGAUUGAUGCCGAAGCGGCACAGGUGUCGCUCGACGCGGCGGCGGUGGCCACGCAAGCGGUCAUGGGAGAUCCAGGAGAGUUUUCCGACACCGCAGCGCAAUUUGCCACGAUAUCCCGAAAUGCCGCGGAACUGUUUGGAAGCCCGGCGUCAUCCAUGCAGACACCUGAAACGACGGCGGCGAUUCAGGAUGCAGAGCAGGUCGCUUUGCUGGCGGAAGCCACUGGAAUCAUCGCAGGAACCGCAGACGAUUCAGAGGGCGCAGAAGCCCUGGUGAGAUCGGCAACCACAAUGACACAAAUGGCGACGGAAAUGGUGCAAAACCUUCCGCAGGGAACGGCGCUCAGCUUGGCACAAGAUUCCCUCGUGGUCGGCUUCACAUCCUCAGUCGCAGCGAUCACCGCGACGACCUCGGCAGUCGCGGCCGGCCAGGGAGCGGAAGAGGCGGCGAGAGCCGCGUUAACGGCGGCAGAGGAGGCGGCGGACGCCUCCGGCUCGCUGGGUAACGGCCAAGGUACUCUGACCUCAACGGUGGAUGCCGGACUCGCGGCCAGUAGCGCCGCCGGCCGGGCGGCCGACGCGGCCGUGGCGGCGGCGUCUCAAAACGGAUCGGCCGCCGACGUGGAGUUGGCCGGCUUGGCCGCGGAGGCGGCCGCAAUAGCUUCCAGGGCGGCGGCGGCGGCGCAGAACGUGGCCUCCGCAGAAGCCACGACGCAAACCAUCGAGGAUGCCCGCCAAGUGGCCCAGGACGUGGACAGAGACUGGGUAGACUUGACCAGCAGGUUGCAAGACAUGCUGACGGGGGCUUCGCAGGACGGCUGCGGGCAGGUCGUGGACGAGCUGGCGACCCUGGGCGUGGCGUCCACGGGCCAGGUGGUCACGGACUUCACCAGACGGGUGGCAGAGUUGGCCGCGACGACGACCGCGGCGGACGAACGCCUCGCCACUGAGACGGAGACGAUGCAAACUUUCGCUUCGGCGGCCGCCUCGUCCGCCAACGUGGCGGUGCGAACGGCAAGCACGUCGGUGGCCGCGGCCGCGGCCGCGGGUACGGAUACGCAGACGAGCGGCGCUAACAUCCCGGUGCUGUCGCUUACUGCGAUGUUGGGCGCCGCCGUGCUCCCGCUAAUGUUGUGAAGCGUGUUUUACAUCAAGGACUUGUGAAUUUUGUGAAGAAAGCCAUCUAUUUAUGCUUGUGUUCUAAUGUAUGUUUGAUAUAUGCACCUUGUCAUUGAGUGUGAAACGCCGGCUCAAGAUAAAUGUGCCUCGGACUUCGUGGUGGACGUCAUGAAAGUCAGUCAAGACAAAAGCAACAAUGAAUGCAUGAAUUGCACUUCAACUUCAGCUGUGACGCAGUACAAAGAGUGUUUUGUCGGGCAUAAGUACGGGAAGCCUGCAUUUUUGCUCGCCCUGUUGGAGUGUUGUUUCGUUCUCGACCCAAUGCAAUUAAAACCACUGGACUGAA